AUGUCGCAUGCAAAGACACGCACGUUUGCCGAAUUGGUUUCCCAGGUUCCUCAGGCUCUCCCUGAGGUCUCGAUACCAUUCAGGCCUCCAAAAUGUGUUGAAGGUGAGUUCUUUGUGCAAUUUACUAAGGAGGAGUUGGAUCGUUCGGCUGUUCCUUUUCGGUUCUCUAUGGUUUUAAAAUUCUUAAGACAAAGACCUUCUUUGGAUCGCAUCAGAGGGUUCAUUCAUAGCAGAUGGGGAUUAACGAAUCAGCCAGUCGUUUCAGCUAUGCGGAAGGCUCGGAAUGUCUUUGUGCGAUUUUCAGAUGAAGAUGAUUUCUUGAAAUCAUUGUCCCGUGAAAGCUGUGAUAUUGAAGGGGUUGCUUAUAGACCCUUUCAAUGGUCUACUGAUUUUACUGAAGAUGACGAACCAUCAUUGGUUCCAGUUUGGAUCAUGUUGCCCGGAUUACCUCCAAAUCUUUAUCAAGAAGCGUUCUUGCGGAAUAUAGUUGCACCGAUUGGAAUCUUUUUAAGGAGAGAUAAUGCGACACGCUGUGCAACUCGUACCGAUGGUGCAAGGGUGUGUGUUCUAAUGAAUAUCGAUCAUGAGCUGAUUCAUUCCAUUUGGAUUGGGACACCGAGACAUCCUACAAGGAUUUUCCAAGAAAUUGAGUAUGAAACACUGCCUGCAUUUUGUUCCGUGUGCAAGGUGCAAGGGCAUAACGUAAAGACAUGUAAGGCAAACAAGAAAGAAGGAAAGAGCAGCAAGAGUUUGAAGGUGAUUAAGUCAAGUAAAGUCUGGGUGCCAAAAGAUAAAGAAGAUGAUGCGAAGACUACAGAUCAUUCGGAGAAAACCACAGAGUCCCCUGUUUUGGCAUUGGAAGAUGUUGAGAUUGAGGUGCCGGUCUUGGAUGGUGGCAAGGAUGUAGGGAAGUCGAAGUUGGGGUCUGAGAGUGUUAUCGAAGAAAUGGAGGCCCCCGAGCAGAGGUUGAUCUGUGGAGAGGCUAGCGGGACUUUACCAGCGGAGGAGUUGGUCUUUUUACCAAUAAUAACUCAGGAGCUAUCUGCUGGAGUUGGUGGCCAUUUAGAACCCAGAAGGGAGGAAUUCAUCGAGCCAAUUCCAGUAGUGGAUGUUGCUGUGCAGAAAGACGAUGCUGUAGUGGGUGGCCAAUUAGAACCAAGAAGGGUGGAAUUCAUCGAGACAUCAUCUGUAGCGGAGGAUGCUGUGCAGCUAGAGUCCAGAAUUGACGUGGUGUCAAGCGGGAAUAUCCCAGUAGCAGAAGGAGAGGUGCAGAUAGACACGGUAGAUUUGCAGAUGGAGUCCAAAUCUGAGGAUGAAGAACCGUUUAGGGAUGAUUCUCAGUUGAAUUAUUGGAAGACGUUUCUUGAAUUUGAUGAGUGUCUUUCUAAUGCAAAUCAGGAUGGUAAGCUUUGGUGUUUUUGGAAGGCUGGUUUGAAGGUGGAGGUUAUGGGUGUUUCGGAUCAGCACCUUACUAUGCUUAUUAACUCUAGCUUAUUGAUCUCUUCGGUUUAUGCAAAGUGUCGGUUUUUAGAUCGAAGGCCUUUGUGGUCUAAUUUACUUGGUGUUAAUAAUUUACAGUUUCCUCAUGUGAUUAUUGGGGAUUUUAAUGUCAUUUGUAAUGAUAAUGAAAGAAGAGGGGGAAAUCCUAGGAUGCUUAUUGCUAUGGAGGAUUUUUGUUCCUUUAUUGAUGAUGGCAGAUUUGUUGAGAUGCCUUUUUCAGGUAAUGGCUUUUCUUGGUGCAACGGUCGAUUAGGAAUGGCGCGUUCAUGGGCUAGACUGGAUAGAGCUUUAUGUAAUUCCAAGUUUAAGGAUCUUUAUCCGUCGGGUAGAAUUCAAUAUCUUCCUAGGAGGACUUCAGAUCACUCCCCUAUGGUGGAGGUUAAUGGAAAGCAUAUUAAAGAGUUAGAAGCUAAAGUGGAGGAAGGUGAAUUAAGACUUCAAGAAUGUUACUCAGAGGAUGUAGAAGCUGAUGUUUUAGCGAACAAGGUUGAGCUUGAUGUCUGGUUACAAAGGGAAGAGUCUCGUAUUGCUCAACAAGUUAAACAAAAGUGGGUAUCGCAAGGUGAGGUUUCGACUGCUUUCUUUAAAGCUUUGCAGAAUAACAAACAUAAUAUGGUAGUAGAAAUGAAGCUCUCUGAUGGCAGAGUGCUUAACUCGCCUGAAGAUAUCCAUGAGGCUGCGUCUGUUUAUUUUGAGGAUUUCCUCAAAGCUAAAGCAACCAGUUCUGUGCCAGAUCUGGUUGGGUCUUCAGUUUCGGAAAUUGUCGAAGUUCUUCGUAUUUAUGCUGAGUGGUCUGGUCAACAGUUCACGGAAGGGGUGUUCCCGGUCAAGUACUUAGGGGUGCCUAUUGUUUCAAGUAGAUUGAAGUUAAUUCAUUUUCAGGAUGUUAUUCAAAAAAUUCGAAAGAAGAUUGAAGGUUGGAAGCAUCCGAUUGAGCUUAAUCCAUCGAGAGGCUUUAGGUUUUGGAAAGCUAUUGUAAAAGAAAUUCCUGUUGUUCUUUCACGUUCCAGGUGGAAGAUUAGGGAGGGGAACGUGUCGUUCUGGAGAGACAAUUGGCUAAAUUCUGGUCCACUUAUGGAGCAGUAA